UCCCAUAGCAACUGUACACUCAAAAAGAAACAGUUCUGUGGGUGUAACAGCACGCUUAUACGUUAACAUCUGUACGGUAAAGUUUACCAGCUCUUGACUCACUUUAGCACGCAAAAAACCCCAGCUAAUAAUGAAGAAAACAUCUGCUUUCAAAACGUAUAAACACUAUAAAGAAUCUUCGAUGAACCCAGAUUCUGUCAUUGGAGACCCCGUGUCUCCUGAAGUACUUGUGGUUGAGAAGGUCAGUCAUCAUAAUAUUGAGCUGACCUGGAGAACGGCACAGGAGGACCGCAGCGGCCCUAAUGAAAACUGGACCCGCUUUGCUGUGGAACAGAUGGAUGCCAAAACUAACACAUAUAGCACCAUAUAUAUGGUGUACCCCGCCUUGUGCCCGAUGCUCCCUGGGAUAGGCUCCAGGUUCCCCGUGACCCUGAAAAGGAUAAGCGGUAUAGAAGAUGGAUGGAUGGAUGGAUGGAUGAAACAGUUAAAACAAGGAUACGGCACUCAUCAUAUUGUGGAGGAAUUAGAGCCGUGCACACUGUAUCGGUUCAGACUGAGGAUCAGCAGACCGAACGGGGAGUGCUGUCUCACCCCGGCUGUCUCAGCCUCUACGUCUAGGGAGCCACUGUAUGGCAAACAACUGUACCAAGCUGUAAAGAGGAAUGAUGAAGAGGAGCUGAGCAAAGUGUUGCAGUCUGGGACAGUGAAUGUGAAUAUUUGUGUCGAACUGGGACUCACACCUCUCAUGGUGGCCGCCCAGAAAGGUUUUAGCAGGAUGGUCCAUAAACUGGUAGAGCACGGUGCUGAUAUUCACAUGAAGAAUGGCAGUGGUAAAGACGCCCUGAUGAUGGCCUGUUUUGCUGGGCAUUUGGAUAUUGUGAAGUACCUGCGCGAGUUUGGGGCUACAUGGCAGUCUCGGGACAUGUGUGGCUUGACUCCUCUCCACUGGGCUACAGAUGGGGAACAUCUUCCUGUCAUAGACUACAUGAUUCAGGAUGGCUGUGAGCUGGAUGUGAUGGAUGUGUCUCAGUGGACUCCUCUCAUGAGAGUGUCAGUAGUGACCGGAAACGCCGCCGUGGCCUCACUUCUUAUCCAGGCCGGAGCUGACGUCAAUGUCCGAGACAAACACGGAAAGACACCACUUAUGGUAGCUGUGCUAAACAAUCAUGAGCAGCUGGUGAAGCUCCUGCUGGAUAGUGGCGCUGACCGGCAUGUGAAAAAUGACUUUGGAUCAGGUUUAGCAGAAAUGGCCAAAGCUUUUGGAAAUCAGAACAUCAUCGACUUGUUGGAGGGAAGGAAGACUCUUUAGAAUUGGCAUCAAAGAGAGAACAGUAUUAAUGUAGAGAUGGCUUUGCUUGUAUUUUCUCAUUCGUAAGUCGCUUUGGAUAAAAGCGUCUGCUAAAUGAAUAAAUGUAAAUAAAUUUAAAUGGCACGAUGACUUUUUUUUUGCCAAUACUGA